AUGGGAGCCGGAUCGUUCGGCGGCCAGAGAGCUUCACGUGUUCAAGCAGGGAACGAAUCAUCACUGCAGUCCUUACCAACUCCACGAAAACCACGGUCAUGGCACAAAAGUACGACCCGGAAAGCCACUAAGCUGUACAUCAACGGCGGAUAUGUCGAAGCCAAGUCCGGCAAAAGCUUCAGUCUGCAGAAUCCAAAGGACAACAAACAGUUUGUCAGCGCUGUACCGAUCGCAGGACCUGAAGACGUUGACCUGCCCGUUGAGGUCGCAGAGAAGGCCUUCCAUGGCGAAUGGAGCCAGUUCACCGCCAUCCAAAGAACAGAAUCGGCUAGACAGACAAGCAAGCAGGCCGGCGACUGCUUCCCUGAUGACGAUGGUUUCGCCAAAAUCGUUACGCAAGAGCCGCUUGGUGUUUGUGCGGCCAUCAAUCCUUUCAAUGCACCGGUUCCAACGAUGUUUCUCAAAGUCCUACCUGUCCUGGUAACAGGCAAUGUAAUCAUCGUGAAGCCGUCCGAGAAGACACCUCUGGGCACCCUCGCCCACCCUCGCCGCCGGACCACUCUUUGA